UGUAUGUUUGAGGUCAUCAUGUUUAACAUCAUCUGCAAGGAAACUACAACAUUUAUACAAUACUAUCAAUGUAAGGACAAAUUCAUCUCAAAACAGUCAUGUUAGCCAUCAAAAUAUUGCUAUUUUGUCUUCUGGGAUUUGCCAAAUUUCAGUUAUUCUUCUCCCUCACUGAUCCUGGAGAUGUUGCUGCAAUUCAAUCACUAAAGGCUCAAUGGGAAAAUACACCACCAAGCUGGAGCAAGUCAAAUGAUCCUUGUGCUGGUUUAUGGGAAGGGGUAACAUGCAACAACUCAAGGAUCACUGCCUUGGGAUUAUCUACUAUGGGGCUAAAAGGCAAGCUUAGUGGUGACAUUGGAGGGCUAACAGAAUUGAGAUCAUUGGACCUGUCCUUCAAUCGGGGCCUCACCGGUUCUUUAACUCCAAAACUCGGAGAUCUUCACAAACUGAAUAUUCUGAUCUUGGCAGGUUGUGGUUUCAGUGGUAGCAUUCCUAUGGAACUAGGCAACCUUGCAGAACUCUCAUUCCUGGCUCUGAACUCCAACAACUUUACGGGCGAAAUACCCCAUUCACUUGGUAACCUCUCCAAACUUUACUGGCUGGAUUUGGCAGAUAACCAAUUAUCAGGAAGUAUUCCUGUCUCAACACCUAACAGUCCAGGCCUCGAUCUUCUACGAAAGGCAAAACAUUUCCACUUCAACAAAAACCGGCUUUCUGGGUCAAUUCCUCCUCAAAUUUUCAGUUCUGAGAUGAUUCUAAUCCAUGUACUUUUUGAUGGAAAUGAACUAACUGGGACAAUUCCAUCAACUUUAGGACUUGUUCAGACUCUUGAAGUUCUACGCCUUGAUCGUAAUUCCUUGACUGGGGAAGUGCCAACGAAUCUCAACAAUCUCACCAGUGUUGUUGAAAUGAACUUGGGGCACAACAAGCUAACCGGUCCUUUGCCAAAUCUAACGGGGAUGGAUUCUCUAAGCUACUUGGACUUGAGCAACAACUUCUUUGAUGAAUCGGAAGCACCAGAAUGGUUCUCGACUUUAUUGUCUCUAACUACGCUGAUGAUGGAGUAUGGUUCACUUCAAGGACCUGUGCCUGAAAAACUAUUUAGUGCUCCACAGAUGCAGCUAGUGAAAAUGAGGAACAAUUCAUUCAAUGGAACAUUGGAUAUGGGUGAUAGCAUUGGUCAACAGCUCCAGCUUGUAGAUUUUGAGAACAACAAGAUUUCUUCAGUAACACUUGGUUCUAAAUACACAAAUACUUUGAUAUUGAACGGAAACCCAGUAUGCAUCACUCCACUCUCCAAUACCGACUACUGUCAAAAUCAGCAGCAAACAAAAAAGCCCUACUCUACAAGUCUAGCAAAUUGUGGAAAGAAGCAAUGUCCAGCAGAUCAGAAGCCAAGUCCUCAGAGUUGUGAGUGCGCGUAUCCAUAUGAAGGAACUAUGUACUUUCGAGGGCCAUCAUUCAGGGAAUUGUCCAACGCAAACACCUUCCACAAACUAGAAAUGAGCUUAUGGGUGAAACUUAGCUUAACCCCUGGCUCGGUUUCUCUACAAAAUCCGUUCUUCAACUUAGAUGACUACCUUCAAGUUCAUAUGGAAAUAUUUCCAUCAGGCAAAAAAUAUUUCAAUCGAUCAGAAAUUCUGCGGAUUGGCUUUGAUCUUAGUAAUCAAACUUUUAAGCCACCCCCAGAGUUCGGUCCAUACUAUUUUAUUGCAUCACCGUAUCUCUUCCCAGACGGGGGUUCAGGAACGACCAUUAGCAUAGGUGUAAUUGCAGGAAUCGCUUCUACAUGUGCCUUCCUUGCAUUAUUGAUUAUUGGAGUGGGAUUUUAUGCCAUACACCAGAAAACACGCGCUGAGAGAGCAGUUGGUUUGAGUAGACCGUUUGUGUCGUGGGGUUCGAGUGGCAAAGAUAGUGGUGGUGCUCCACAAUUAAAGGGAGCUAGAUGGUUUCCAUAUGAUGAACUAAAGAAGUGCACCAAUAGUUUCUCUGCCCGCAAUGAGAUAGGCUUAGGCGGCUAUGGGAAGGUUUAUCGAGGAGUAUUAUCUGAUGGGCAACAAGUCGCAAUCAAACGAGCUCAACAAGGUUCUAUGCAGGGUGGCCAUGAAUUCAAAACUGAAAUCGAAUUGCUUUCUCGAGUUCACCAUAAGAAUUUAGUUGGCCUUUUGGGGUUCUGUUUUGAUCAAGGGGAACAAAUGCUAGUGUACGAGUAUAUGCCUAAUGGAUCACUGAGAGAUAGUUUGCUCGGAAGAUCUGGCAUUCAGCUCGAUUGGAAGAGAAGAUUGCACAUUGCUCUAGGAUCAGCUCGAGGGUUAACCUAUCUUCAUGAACUUGCCAACCCUCCGAUUAUCCAUAGAGACGUCAAGUCUAGCAAUAUAUUAUUGGAUGAAAAUUUGACAGCCAAGGUUUCCGACUUUGGCUUAUGUAAGUUGGUUUCCGACACCUCAAAAGGUCACGUUUCUACCCAAGUGAAAGGAACGCUGGGCUAUCUUGAUCCCGAGUAUUACUUGACACAACAGUUGACCGAAAAAAGUGAUGUUUAUAGCUUCGGAGUUGUUAUGCUAGAAUUAGUAACCGCUAAGCAGCCAAUCGAAAAAGGGAAGUACAUUGUCCGUGAAGUUAAAACAAUAAUGGACAAGAACGAGGAAGAGUUCUACGGCUUGAAAGUGAUAAUAGAUCCAAUCAUUAAGAACAUUCCAAAUUUAUCGGGGUUCAAAAAGUUCAUUGAGCUAGCCAUACAAUGUGUAGAUGAAAGUGCUUCAGACCGACCAACAAUGAGUGAUGUCGUGAAGGAGAUCGAGAUUAUACUACAAAAUGACGGGUUAAAUACAGGCUCGACAUCUACAUCUUCAUCCAUUACGGAUUUUGGAACCACAAAAGGUGCUAUUAAGCACCCAUAUGAGGAUGCCUUAGCAAAGAAACAUAACAGCGAGAGUGGUGCCUUUGACUAUAGUGGUGGAUACACUUUAACACCAAAAGUGGAGCCAAAGUAGCUUAAUCUUUCUCCCCUCUUCGCCAUUGAAAGCUAGUUAUUAUCAACUAAAGCAAUUAACGUCCCAAUAUAAAAUGUAGAGUUGUACUAUACAUGAUUAUUUACGGUUUUUGAAAUGAAAAUGAAACAUUUAUCGCACACAAAAGCUCGAACUUACGUAGUUAAUACAUUGAUUUUUAUGUAGUCGACCCAAUUUUUUGGAUUUAAGGUUCUAAUAUUGUUGUUGUCAAACUUUGACAGGUUUAACAUCACCCA